AAGUGACGCGAGGUGUAAGUGUUCAAACUUUCAGAGUAAACUUUAACUGGAUUUAUCCGAUCGACAUCCUAGUUUAUUUGCAUCUUUUGAAAACCCGAAAUAAGUAUAAUUUAAGGUGUGCAGAUUUGCAGCAGACAUGUCUACCACGGCCAGACCGUUAACGUCGUUUCUUAUUCAAGACAUAUUAUCUAUUAAAAACGAUAAUCGACUGCACUCCUUUGGACAUACUCCUCUCAUCGAAACAAAGCCAGGUGGAAGCCCCACGGGUACAGACGUCCAGCAGCCUACGGAUAAAUGGGAUCGGUGGGUCAGAGCAAAGAUGCCUCAUGAUUCACUGGAGGAAGAGUCGGGAACCAGGAAGAGCGCACACUUCGAUACUCCGGGAAAGGAUUCAUCGGACAGAUCGUGCACGACUUUCUCGGAUCUCAGGCGAAGCUUGGCGGUGGAGGGCAGAGACGCGGCGAGCAAACAGAAGCGCAGCCGCGCCGCCUUCACCCACCUGCAGGUGCUGGAACUGGAGAAGAAGUUCAGCCACCAGAAGUACCUGUCCGGCCCGGAGAGGGCUCACCUGGCCAGCAGCCUGCGCCUGACCGAAACGCAAGUUAAAAUCUGGUUUCAGAACAGGAGGUAUAAAACCAAAAGGAAACAGCUGGCCACAGAGUAUGCCAAGGACUUCCUGAAGAAAUCAGAGGGACUGCAUUUCUGUGGCACUGAGGAGGACCUGGUCAGGGCAUCUUUCCUCGCCAUGAUGUGUAAGACAUAUCAGUACCGACCAUAUCUGUACGACUUUAACGGAUGGAAAUCGGCCUUGUGGUGAAAAGUUAAAACAGUGGACUAAAUAAACACGUAUGUUUGGACAUUCAAAAGGAGCAUGGAAAAAACAUAUACGACAAACUGUUAACUUUACAACAGGGGUGGCCUGGGUUUUCUGGUGCCCUAAGCGAGAUCCACCACCCCUCCAAAGCAAAAAAUACAUGUUGUCAAUUAAUUUAUAUUUAAAUUAAUUUUAGUAGCACAUGUCAGUUUCACAAGAAAAGUACUUAAAUAUCAAAACUAGUGUAAAUAACUGUAAUGUCACCGAAUGCAACCAAGGAGUAUUUUUUUCACUCGAUCACCUAUGCCACCUGUAGCGCAAGCUGCCCCUGCUUAACAAUAAAGUAUUUUAUAUUAUAAAGU